AUCUUCUGACCCUGCCCCCGGGCCUCCGUAGCUAAGGACGCUUCGGCCAAGGCAACCGCGAUGGAUCAGGACGAAGCGUUGACCACCGUGGACAAUAUAGUCACGCAGUUCAACACCUACGAAGAUUUCCUGGACUCGCAGAUCACCACCCUGGACUUGUACUACCUGGAGGAUGAAGGUCUGGCCCGCCAGUUGGUGGAGCUAGGCUACCGAGGUACUGGAGAGGUGGUGAAAAGAGAAGAUUUUGAAGCAAGGAAGGCAGCUAUAGAGAUUGCAAGGUUGGCUGAAAGAACUCAGAAAAAGACACUAACAAGUGCUGGUAAAGACCUACAUGAUAAUUUUCUGAAGGCUCUGGCAGCGAGAGAAGAAGACAAUCGCAGUGGAAAAUCGGUGAUUUUUAUUCGUGACAAAAAUUCUCAUGGGCAGGAGGUGUCAGGAUACAUUGACUAUGCCCACAGGCUGAAGACUGAAGAUUUCGAAGUCUACUUUAGUGGAAAGAAACGACUUCUUCCAAGACCCACAGAUAUGAGUUUUUACAACUGGGACAGUCAUAUUGCUGUUUGGAAUUCAACUCCCAACUACCAAGUGAUUGCCGAUAAUCCAGAAGGCUUACUUUUCAAAUACAAAAGAGACAGAAAAAUUCUCAAUGUGGACCCUAAGGCUCAACCUGGUGACAACUCUACUAGAAGCCCGAUCGUAACAGAGCUCUACACACAAGCUGUCAUUUUUGACCACGUUUCCAGAAGAAAGACUUAACUACAAGCAUGGUAGAUAGUUCCCUCCCUAAUGGUUUGCUAAAUGUAAAUGACUCCUAUAACCAGAAGCAAAUCAGAAUAAUAAGUGAGUCCAGUAGCUAUAAGGCAAAUCAGAAUAAUAAAAGUUGAUAAAGAAAUUAGAGAGGAAA